GUGGGCUGAGCGCGUGACUUGGAUAUGAUGUCUUCUAGGAUUCGCCGGGCUAUAAAUAUCCGAUUCUGUGCUACUUGGUAACAGUCACUGAAUUAGUUUGUUCAAACUUGUCAUAAGUGCAUCGCUUUAGCUAUGGGACCUCGUCCGCUGCCUCUGCUCUGCAGCUUGAUUGCCGUGGUUUUUCUCGUCAGCCGUGCAAAAGCAGUCGCCUUACCCAAAGCCUCGCCUCUCCAUAUUCUCUUUGUUGUCGUUGACGACCUCGGCUGGAGUGAUGUCGGAUUUCACGGCUCGAAAAUCGAGACUCCAAAUAUUGACGGAUUGGCGGCGGAAGGUGUCGAGCUGGACAACUAUUACGUUCUACCGGUUUGCACCCCUACGAGAAGCGCUUUCAUGACAGGACGAUAUCCAAUCCAUACUGGUAAGUCUAAAUCUUUCCGGAAAUAGUUGACGAUUAGCAGGUGCUCUCCUGACCUCACUUUGACUCAGUGAUCCUGGCCGUUCGCCAGCAAUGACCCAUCUGGUGUACAUUUCAGUAAAAUUAAUCGUUAUACAGGAAGUUAUACGUCUAACUGUUACUUUCUUUUGAAUCUGAAAUACUGCGGUUGCACCAGUUGCGUCUGCUGCUUCGAAAGCUUCGAUUUCAUAUCACCCUAGUCGUUAGCACAUAUGAUUCGUGCACAUCAAUACUACAACUACAGAUUAAACUAUCCGCAACCUUAGCAGUGUUCAAAACCCUGAAACUUUUUCAAGUUGGGAGUAUAACCCUCCGCUGGAUAAAAGUGGAGAGUAAGCCUUUUCUUAUCCCUGUGCAUGUUGAAGGCUCUCCUGGUCGUAGGCUUACUCGUAACAAUUUGACUUACUUACUAUUUUCUUUCCACUGAUGUUAAGGUAUGCAGCACUUUGUGUUGGGUCCGGCAAGUCCCUAUGGAUUACCUCUCAACUUCACCACUUUACCACAGAAAAUGAAAGAAUUAGGUACGCUUAAAUUAAUUUUAUUUUUCUUGAUACACGCAUACUGUUGGUUGAUGUAGUAUAAAUCAUCCACAUUAGUUAUAUUAUGAAAAUUUCUUAUUUGUACCCACAUUUCUUACACAUGUGGUACUGUUGCAUAUAGCUGUGAAUAGUGGAGUUAUGAGGAGACCUGGUCCCAGUUGUUCAAAGGAGGAUUAGCACUAACCCAAGGUUAUUGAAAUUUUAAUCCAGGUUUCUUUAUUACUUUGUUCAAAAGCCUUUUUCAGUUAAUUUUCUCUAUUCUUCUUAGAGCAUCCAAUGUCAAAUUAUAGAAAAAAAGAAUUAUGCUGAAUUUCCAUUUUGAGCUUCCAGAUCUGAACUCAGAUUAGUCCUGGGUUAUCUUAACCCAGCUUUGAACAACCCGGCCCUCAUCAACAACUGCCUGUAUAGAAAUUGGCCAAUGUUGCAGGCUUACCUCUAAGGCUCUUUUAAACCUUAGUGGGAAAGGGUAUCUUCUUUAGGGUGAGGUGACAAAAAAGUUGUUUUAAAUAACUUGAUAGCAACUGUGGCAAGUUUUAAAAAAUAACUCCUCAUAUCUUGGGAAAUGAAAAGUUUUUAGCUUCAUGUUUUCUCCCAAAGGUUAUGCAACUCAUAUGGUUGGUAAAUGGCACCUUGGUUAUAACAAAUGGGCCUAUACACCAACUUAUCGUGGGUUUGAUUCAUUCUAUGGCUAUUACAAUGGAGCUGAAGAUCACUACACUCAUGAAAUCGAGAACAUAUUGGACUUACGAGAUGAUAUAGAACCAGUGAGGGACCUGAAUGGGACAUAUGCCACAUUUGCUUUCACAAAGGUAUUUUGAAUUUGAGUUGUAGCUGCUGUUGUUGCUGAUUUUGUUUUGUUUUUCAUUUUAUUUCUAGGAGAUCAGAUCAUAGGGUUUGAGACUAACAUCAUACCCAAGUAGCCUGAGUAUUGAUCGUUGCACAAAUAUAUCAGUUUUUGAAAAUGUACUUCUCAGUUUUUAUCAAUUCAACUGAAUUAUAAGUUUAUUUUAAGGGUGGUAAGUGGUAAAAUCAGAGACUUGCUGAGAUGCUGAGACCUAGCUCUUUGAAAAUCCAAGACCAGGGUUACACAAUUCUUGGAAUAGCACCUCUCUUGUUGCAAUUAUCAAAUUAUUGCAUGCACCCUAUUUACAUGAUGGACCUGCACAGAGACUUUGGUCCUUUACAGUCCCAUCUGACUAGGACCCUCAAAUGAACUAGUUAGACCAAAUCUUAGUUUUGAGAACUCUGAAAAGUGCAAGACUUUGAUACAAACAACCACCUUAUGAAGGAGACUUCAAGGAUCAUUAUUGCCAAGGGGUGAAAAGAAUCAAGAUCAGAUCAAAAGUUUGCAGAGUCCAAAACUUUGCAAAGUACCAUGAGCCUGACCCUUCAAUUGUUUCUAACUUUUACCAUGCUAUUCACACAAAUAUUCUGAUUGCAGCGAGCAACCGAAAUUAUCAAGUCACAUGACCCAUCAAAUCCCCUUUUCAUGUAUAUGGCAUUCCAAAAUUGCCAUGGCCCCGUCCAAGCACCCGAAAAAUAUACAGAAAAGUACAGUUUCAUUACAGAUGAAACUCGUCGAACCUAUGCAGGCAUGGUGAGCAUUACAGAUGAAGCCAUAGGCAAUAUUACACAGACCAUGAAGGAUGCUGGGUAUGGGCCUUUUUUUCUUCUUCUAUUUAACUUCAAACAAUUUAAGGGUUGGGUUCUCUCACCCUGUCUACUAUGAAGUUGGAGCUACCUUCUCUUUCAAUGAAUGAUUACUUCUUAAAUUGUUCAACAUUAGGACUGAAAAAAACAGCCUUAAAAAAUGGCUAAAGAAACUAUUUACUUUUCAGACAGUUACCCCUGCAAGUGUAGGAGACACAUCGGUGUAAUGCACUGGAAUCUCGGCCAAGAGGUCUAGAUUUGAGACCUGGCCAGGUCACUAUGCUAUGUUCUUGGGCAAAACAUUUACUGUUGCAGUGCCUCUCCUCACCAUGGAGUAUAAAUGAGUACCCAGGGGGGGGGGAUAAAUUUGCAAUGAACUAGCAUCCCACCCAAGCAGGAGUAUGAAUACUCCUAGUCACUUCGUCCAUGUCAACCCUAAACUCCCAUUAGUGACCAAGACAGAAUUUCUCCUUAGAAUAUCAAUACAAUACCAAGCAGACACAUGUUAAGAAUAAAAAAAAUAUCAAUUAGGCGAUAAGUAGUUGAUCCAAUGACAAAUUCUCCAGCCUGACAUCACAAGAAUGUGUGGUAGACAGUUAGGAGAAUUACUGAUAAGAUCUUGGGAGGGAGAGGGUUAAGGAAACUAGUAUUAGCUCUUGCCAAGUGGGGUACUUGGCUCAAAUGCAGACUUACCUUCCCCUGAAGGUUCAAAAAAAUCAUUUUAUUUUUGAUGUCCAUAUCAUUUAUCAGGUUGUGGGAAGACACACUUAUGGUUUUAACCACUGACAAUGGAGGAAUCCACAGUCGUGGAGGAUAUAAUUAUCCCCUUCGUGGAGAGAAGACAACUUUAUGGGAGGGAGGGGUGAGAGGAGUCAGUUUUGUCCAUGGAAAUAUGCUUGGCAGGAAAGGAGUCAAAAGUGAAGAACUUAUGCAUGCUACAGAUUGGUACCCAACAUUGGUAAAUCUUGCAGGUAAAGUCAAUGGUCCUAUUUUCCUCUUUUCCUGCUUCAAGCCUUAGCCAAGUCAUUGUGUUGUCACGAUGUAUAUUGGCAAACUUUGAGGGAAACCAGGCAAAAUGCUGGGGAUGGGGGAUAACUUGUAUUACUAAAAGCUGGAUCAUUGAAUAUUGCAAUUCAAGAGUGUUUUUUGGUAUAGCCAUCAUGGGUUAUGAGCCAUUAUACCCUGCAUACACAUGAAGAGGAGUUAAAACAAAAGUGUUUUUGCACAUUGUAACAUUCUGUUUGUUCUUACAAAAUAAAGUAGGAAGAUUUAUAUUUUGGGGCAUUUUUAAUAAUACAAUUAUUCUACUUGCACUUGUUGGAUAUGAGAUGAUUAUAGCUAACUUGAUCCAAUAGGCCUCCCUAGCCAUCUAUUAUGACCUCAUAUCCAACAUGUCCUUGUGGAAUAAUUGUUUAAUAGAUUGCAAUGCCAUCCAGAAUUGCAUCAUGCUACAGAAACCAAGACAAGUUCCAUCAUUGUGUGCAGCUGGACCUAAGUAAAGAUAUAACUUCACCUUAUUCUGCACUACAUAUUACAGGUGGUGACGCAGAUCAAGAAUCAAUACCCCUGGAUGGUAUGGAUGUUUGGAACGCCAUCUCCCAUGGUGACCCUUCACCAAGGAAGGAGAUUCUUCUCAAUAUUGACCCCCUUCCUUUUGACAAUGAUGAUCCAUCUGUUUCCUUCUAUGAGGGAGUUGCACUGAGAUCAGGUCAUAUGAAAAUUCUGAUGGGAGUGAAUAAUGAUACUUGGUAUACACCUCCUGAGCUUGGUGGAAAAUCAGAAAGCAAACAUGUGACUUCCCCAGAAAAGAUCAAUUCCUGGAUUUGUUAGCAUCUACCAAGGAGGUCAGUGUAUCUUUAUGAGUUCAAGUAAUCUGAACUUGAUCUUAACAAGUUUGACACAUCUGUGAUGAACUCCAUUUUGAAACAACUUCUAAUAUUUUCUACAGAUCAGUUCACAUGAUGUGAAGUUGAUAUGAUAUAUUGUCUUUGGGCUCAGGCCCUUUUUAUUUUGUUGCUUCAGUCUGGAAAAUUAAUUUUUUUGAUGGCUAUGCAUGUUGUGCAAUACCACACACAUAUAUCUCAUGAAUGAAGGGGGUAAGUUUCUAAAUAAAUAAAUAGAAUAAACUGUGGUGCUGCAUCAGUGGAGUGUAUCACAAAAUAAUUUGGUUUAAUCAACUGAGGUGAUAAUGUUUUGAUAAACAACACAAUUAGUUUGGCAUAGAGAGGGCGGAAAUGUUCUUAUUCCUCUCCUGUCCUUGUUUACGUAAACAAGGAACGGAAAUUGUACAUAUCAAUGCCAUAACCAGUACAGCAACUCUUAGUAAGUCAGUCUUUUUCUCACGAGACAAAUUUUCUUCUACAGAACGUUGGAAGUCGCCUGAAAGUUGUUCUAUAUAACGUGACCGCUGACCCAACAGAACACGAAGAUCUUAGUGAGAAACUUCCAGAUGUAGUCAAGGAAUUGCAAGAGAGAGUGCAGUACUACAUAAAAGGGAUGGUGCCUCCGUUCAACAAAUUGCCUGAUCCUCGGGCUUUCAUUAAAGCAGAAUUGGAAGGCAUCUGGACACCAUGGCAAGAUUAA